UAUUUGGGAUGUCAAAUCAAACCUCAGUUAAACAACAGAUUGUUUAUUUGAACUGAUCUAUAAUCUCAAUUUAUGCUUAAUUCAAUUAAUUUAUCUCUAGCUAUGGAAUAUCUAAAUUUCAGGCUAUUCCUAGACAUUUUAGCAGUUUUGCUAUUAAGUGGUCUUCUUGAAGCGGAAGAACCAAAAUCUAUUCACGUUGCUCUUGUCUCGGGUUGUGACUCACACCUUUCGUCAAUGACUCCCAUCGCCUACUCGCUACUGCACCACUCUUCCGUCAAAGACAAGUACCGAGUGACAUUUAUCAUCGGAUCUCAGUGUCGAGAUGUUGCAGAUAAAUUGGGUGCUGAUUUCUACGAUACCGGACCCUGGGGCUACCCUGGGAAUGGCACUGGAUUCAAUUCACAUAAUCGAGACUUGUCGAUGGGUCCGUUGACAUAUGGAUACCCUGCAGUUGAAUCACUCGUCAAAAACGACAAACCCGACUUGAUUCUUGCCGAACUCUUCAACUGUCGGGUUUCUCUCAUCGCCGAACUGAACAGCAUUCCCUACGCUACCAUUUGGGCAGGUGCAACCCCCCACCCCGCCAUGUACCAAGCGGGUUACGAACUGAACGCUGGAGUGAUUGGCCUGUACACACCAAGCGAGGACAAACCAAGAUGGGUGCUGGACUACUUCACAACUCUGUUUUUUUCUCAGGUGGCGGUUUUAUGGGGUUUUCUGCAGAGCGAGGCCAAUGAGUUGUUCAAUUCGAUGGUAAAAGAGAAAGGAGUCAACAAAGAGUUUGAAAAUGCAUACCAUAUCAUGAACUCCUACCCAUCACUCGCUCUAGCAGGCCCGCCUAUUUUUCCCCUGAAGGAAGUUCCAGGCAAAUUAUACAUCGCCGGAAUGCAGCCCACCGAAAUCGCAGAUCCAAAGAAAAUGAGCGCAGAGUUGCGCAUCUUCAUCGAGAACAGCAAAUUAGACAUUCUUUACGUGGCACUCGGAACAUACGCUGUCUUCAGUGACGAGCAGUUUGAAAAGAUGAAGACUGCGUUUAUGAAGCAGGAGAGAUUUAAUAUAAUCUGGAGUCACUCGGGAUGGAGUGAGGAGCAAGAGUUGAAAGGAGAGUAUGAUAGAAGCAGAAUGUUCAUUAGGAAGAAACAACCGCAAAAAGAGAUUUUCACGUAUUCAAAAGUUAAAGUAUUCCUUUCCCACUGCGGUGCUAGUUCUACAAUGGAGGGCGUGUCUAAUCUCAAAGCCUUCAUCGGGUGUCCCCAAAUGCGUGACCAGGAAAUGGCUUCCAAAGUCAUCACAAAGUACAACUUCGGAACAAUCAUAAGUCGCGCCCCUUCCGAACACGAACUCUUGACAGCUGUUGAAAACGUCUAUCAAAACUUGCCGACUUAUCUCAAAAAUGUUAAAACAGUAAACGAAGAAUCAAGUGUCGAUUCUGCUCGGAGGCUGGAGAAGUUUAUUGAUUCGAUGGCAUCUGAGAGAAGAACUAUUCAAUUUGAUUUCAAAGAGUCCAAUUUUAUGCCUUUAUGGCGCGGAGUUGCAAAUCUUUUAUUGUUCUUUUCGUGUUUGCUUGCUUGCAUUUUCAGCCCUUUUGUUUUGCUGUGUUGCGCAUGCUAUCGUUUUCGAAAGAUUAACACAAAAAACAAUAAGAAGACGCAAUGAGUUUAGUGAAAAUAUGCGACAACUCAAUCUGUAUCUUUGAAUGGUUAUGUGGGUAAAAAAUAUGGUACUGGGUAUAUCAAUUUACUUUAUCAAAUGCAGAUCAACGUAGUUAAUAUACUUUAAAAUUCAAUUUCACGGA